AUGGCUUGGAACGCGCUCUACUACUACCUGACCAUCGUGGUCAUCGCGUUUGGCUCUAUCCCAAAAGGCUACGAUGAAGGCGGAUUCGCUGGCGCCAAGGGUAUGCAGUCCUUCCUCUCCGACUUUGGCAUGACCAAAGACCAAUGGACAGGCAGUGCGGCUGCCCUCGCCGACCGCAAGGCCAACAUAUCCUCCCUGGGCGUCCUCGGUGCUGCCAUAGGGUCCAUCCUUGCCCUGGGACUCACAGACCGCGUGGGACGCCUGCGGACCUGGCAGAUCUUCUGCGUGGUCAACAUGUCUGGCCUCCUUGUUACUGUCCUCUCCAGCGGUAUCCUUGGGCUGAUGCUGGCCUCGAGAAUCUGGAGUGGCCUUGGUGCCGGCGGUCUGACGGUUGUUGCGCCCUUGUACCUGAGCGAGAUUGCCCCCGCCAGGUCGAGGGGCAUGGUCGUUUCCAUCUACAUGGUUGUGCUCCUGACGGUGCUCAUGCUUGGCUUCUUUAUCAGCUAUGGCGCCAACAAGUCCAUGGCCUCGACGCCGGCACAGUACCGCAUCGUCAUUGCAGUGCCCCUGAUACCUGUCGGCCUAGCCCUCCUUGCCUCCUUCUUCUUAAAGGACACACCUCGCUGGCUGGCGUCCAAGGACCGCCACGAGGAGGCACUCGCCGUGCUCGCCAGGCUGCGCGGCAAGUCAGCCACGCAUCCACAAGUGGAGAAGGAGUUUGCCGAGAUCGACAGCCAGAUCCAAGACAGGCAGCAGGUCCUGUCGGGUAUCUCCAUCUGGAACAUUGCGCGUGAGAUUGCCACCAUCCCAACAUACCGGAAACGCUUCCUCCUCGGCGCCAUCAUGCAGACCGUAGCGCAGUGGAGCGGUGGCAACGGCAUCACGUACUAUAUCCCCGAGAUCUUCCGCUACGCAGGCGUCGACGGCGAGAACCAGUCGCUGGUCACGUCGGGAGCCUACGGCGCCGUCAAGCUGGUCAUGACCAUGGUCUUCACCUGGGGCCUCGUCGACGUAUUCGGCAGGCGUCGCUGCUUCAUGACGGGCCUGUUCUUGCAGUGCAUCACGCACGUUUACAUGGCCGUCUACAUGGCACUAUGGAAGGAUUCGGGCAACAAGCCUGCCUCGGACGCGGCGAUUGCGUCGGUCUUUGUGUAUGCCACGGGCUGGUCCAUUGGCCUAUGCACGGUGCAGUAUCUCUACGGCACCGAGAUCUACCCCACGAGGAUCCGGAGCGUCUGCUACGCCACAAACAUGAUGAUCCACUGGUUCUUCCAGUUUGCCGUCGUGCGCACGACGCCCAACAUGUUCCAGAGCCUGGACAUCUGGGGCGCCUACGUCUUCUGGGCGUGCGUCUGCGCAACAGGUCUCGUCGUGCUCGGCCUCUGGGCGCCCGAGACAAAUGGUAUCCCCAUGGAGCGAAUGUACGAGCUCUUUGAUGGACCGUGGUACAUGGGAUGGAAGGCCAAGGUCGACUUGACCAAGGAUGCCGACACGGCGUAUCUCGAGGUGCAGGAAAAGAGGUCCGUCCACAGGGCCGAAUCCAAGGACACAGCCAGGACGGCUGGAGAAAAGGCGUGA